AUGGACCAAAACACCGGAAAUGGCGACGAGCCGACCCGCGCCGGGGGCUCUCCGCAACGCUCCACACAGCACGCCCAAUCGAACGAAAGCGCCGCGAGCACGUCAUCGCUUCCUGGUUACCACAACCAUCCACAACGCGACCCUACGCCAUCCGCAGCCGAUCGUCCUUCCUCACCUCCGGCCAACCAUCAGCCACCAUCCGACUUGGCGAAAAAUACCAACAACGACACCAAGACACACAAUCAACCCCACGAUGCUGCUUUCGGGGCUGACACGGCGCACGGCGCCGGCGCAGCGAGGGAGGAGGGCACGGCCGGCGACGACGACGACUUGAUCGCGCAGCCAGGAGGUCUUCGUCGCCGCGGUGUGCCUGGCGCAGAAGAAGAAGAGGCGGAAGAAGAAGAAGAGAGAGCAGACGACACAGCCCUCGGCACCGCCAACGACCGCGAGGCCACGGAGCUCGCGUCCUUGCCUCGUUCUUCUUCGUCGCAGCGGAUGAGCCGCGUCGAGACGGCGAGCACGACCGAAGAACCCGUCCUCAGUCAUGGGAACCCGCCGCCGCCGUCCGAGGUGCCAACCUGCAGGGACGACUGCAGUCUGCGGGAGCAGAGGAAGCUGAUGCUGACGAGGCAGGAGGUCGGCUGGUGGGACGUGGUGACGAGGUGGUGGCGGCGCCAUGUCAGCGUGACGGUGCCCGCGGGCGGCAUGAGGGACCAUCUGGCUCUCGAGCGUACCUUUCUGGGCUAUCUGCGCACCUCCAUCGCCCUUUCCAUGGCUGGCGUCAUGAUCGCCCAGCUUCUGCGCCUACAGCAUGCUCCCAACCCGGACCCGCACUACGGCUAUCACGCGCUCGGGAAACCGCUGGCUGCCGUCUUCAUCAUCGCCGCCAUCGCCAUGGUCUUGCUCGGCGCCUUCCGCUUCUGGCGCCAGCAGAAUGCCAUCGUGCGCGGCAAAGUCUUCGCCGGUGGAUGGGAGAUCUUGACUAUCAUGAUAGGGAGUACCAUUUUGACGACAACGGUGUUUGGGUUGCUUUUGGCUGUGGAUAUCAAAAAGGAAAUAGAAGGCAGAUCCUGA